AUGUUAGUGGGUUGUUUGCUAGAGGUGCAGACUAUAGUAGAAGUGGGAGAAUGGGCAGGUGCUCUCGGUCCAGAUGUGGCCAUCACCAUAUUGUUUGUGGUGCUCUUAAGCCAUGGCAUCAUCUCUGGGGGAGCUUGUGGAAAUCCCUCAGUCUCUCUGCAGAGGUACCUGCAGAUGGACGCCUCGAUACUGACCACUCUGCUCGCUCUUGUAGCACAGUUCCUUGGAUCUUACCUGGCCAUUUUAGCAGCAGGUUACUACUGGGGCCUGGAGCUGACAGACAUGCACAUGAUCAAGAAUCUGAUGUCCAGUGAAUGCAGCACCUCUCUGAAGACAACUCUGCACCAGGGAUUUUUCACAGAGUUUGUUUGUGCUUUUGUAUUUCACCUCAUCCUUCUCGGCCUCCGGCGGCGUUCUGCUCUGGUCCGCAUUCCCCUUAUUGCUGCGCUGCUUACUUUCCUGUCGCAUUCAGCUAGAAACUUCACCUCAGGGUUUGUGAACCCCUCCUUAGCCUAUGGCCUCACAUUCCAGUGUCCCGGUUUCAGCUUCCUGCAGUAUACUGGGGUGUACUGGCUCAGCUCUGUCACAGGCAUGACGCUGGCCCUCUUUCUUUUUAUGGGCCACAUCCCAAAAUUAUUUUCAAGGAACCUCCUCUAUUCUCAGAAAAAAGGCGUCAGAGGCCCAAAGGGCGACAAAAAGAAAAAAUAA